CAGCUACUGCCGCAUCCCUUCUCUCCCUCUUUAGUCAAUAUAGCAGCAUCUAUUUUGCCUGGCCCCUCGCUCGCUCGCCCGCCCGCCUCUCUCCGCGCCUGGGGUUUGUGCCACUGCGGUUUGGAUCCAGAGAGAGAGAGCGAGACAGAGAGAUCCACCGGGGAGAAUUAAAGAGGCAGCGCGCCAGCGUUGAUUUCCCCCCCUUUUUCCCCCAGUGGGGAGGGGGAAGGACUUUAAGUUUGCUAGAAACCCAGGAAGAGGACGAUUUCCCCUCCUCUCCCCCUUCGCCUUCCUGCCUUCCUCCUCUUCCCUCUUCCUCCCCCUCCCUCCCCCCCGAAGGCAACCACCGGGACCCCCCAUCCUCCCCAAGAUGCUCUCUCCGGCUUGCAAUGUCUUAAUCCUCCUGGGGUCUUUCCUGAUCGCCACCAGCCAAGGGACCCUGUCUCACGAUCGGAGCCAGCCAACGACGUCAAAUGAAAUCGUGGUCGCAGGCUCCAAGGUGCUCCUCCGGUGUGAAGUGGAAGACCCUGAUGACUCCUCCCUACAGUGGUCCAAUCCUGCUCAACAGACGCUCUACUUUGGGGAGAAACGAGCGCUGAGAGAUCUCCGCAUCCAGCUGGAGAGGUCUACGCCCAACGAGCUGACCAUCAGUAUUGACAAUGCGACUCUGGCAGACGAGGGCGAGUACACCUGCUCCAUUUUCACCAUGCCUGUGCGGACCGCCAAGGCCACCGUCACUGUGCUGGGAAUCCCGCAAAAACCCCAGAUCUCUGGAUACUCAGAUCCUCUUAAAGAAGGAGACGUGGCCCAGCUGACGUGCUACUCUUCAGGCAGCAAGCCGGCUGCUAAGCUCCGGUGGCAUAAGGGGGAUAAGCUGCUGUCAGCUGAAACUUCGGAAGCGGAAGAAGAUGCUAACGGGAAGACGUUCACGGUCACCAGCCGCGUAGAAUUCACCGUCGGGAAAGAGGACAAUGGCGUGGAGGUCACCUGCACAGUUGACCACGAGUCCCUGCAGAACUCCGACAAAUCCACCUCCCAGAAGCUAGCAGUCUUUUACAAGCCAACAGCUGAAAUCAAAUCGUAUCCCGACAGCCCACGAGAAGGACAAAAUCUGAGGCUGCGCUGCGAUGGACGAGGCAACCCAAUCCCUCAGGAAUACAAGUGGGAGAAGCAGGGGGCUCAGGCGCCCCUAGCCGAGGCCCAAGACAACGUCCUCAUCUUUGACAGUCUGAACAAAAGCGACAGCGGGACCUACAUCUGCUAUGCCUCAAGCAUUAUGGGUAUCUCCACGGCAAUAUACAACCUGAAUGUUCAUGAUGCAAGCCCAAUGACCCACAGUGGGAGCACGUACCACGCCAUCAUUGGGGGAAUAGUGGCUGUCAUUGUCUUCCUGCUCCUUAUCCUCCUCAUUGUUCUGGGACACUACCUGAUCCGGCACAAAGGUACCUAUCUGACCCAUGAGGCCAAAGGCUCGGACGAUGCCCCAGACGCAGACACAGCCAUUAUCAACGCCGAGGGCGGUCAAACUGGUGGGGAUGACAAGAAGGAGUAUUUCAUCUGAGUGGGGAGGGUGGGGCCUGGCGGCCGGGCAGCAGGGGGGAGGAGGAGGAGGAGGAGGAAGUGGUGGAUCGGAACCCAACCUCGACUGAAUGACAACAGAACCCACCCAACCAAUAUGUCAAAGGAAUUUCUCUCACGCCCAGGAAGGAAUGGACGGACAGACAGAGGGAUGAUGGUGGGGGACCGAGAUCGGCGAUGGGACAGAGGAGGAACGAGAGAGAGAGAAAGAAGAUCAGCUUGGCUCACAAUGCUUCUUUGAACUUGUAUAAAACAUUGUUACUAAACGGGGGGGACACACACCCGAACAUUGAGAACCCCUCAAAACCCCUUGUUCCUGCUUGCUUGUACCUACAUAUCUGCGGCUGCCAAAAUCGCACUAAACACAGACCUGGAGAGUGA